AUGUCAGCCCUGUCACAACACCCGGGAUACGAGGAGGAGAAGCUGCAGGAGGUCCGGGAGCAGCUGCCCUGCAGAGAGAACCAGGCCGGGCUGCUGCUCUCCCUCCUCGGGCAGCCGCAGCAGUACAGUUAUCCUUCCAUCUUCAUCUACGGUCAUCGGGCUUCGGGGAAAAGUCACGUGAUGCACGUUCUGCUGAAGGAACUAGAGCUGCCUCACGCCACCGUCAGCUGUGUGGAGUGCGUCUCCAACUCGCUGCUGUUCGAGCAGGUGCUGCUGUCCCUCUUCGGCUCCGAGGCGGCCGCGCUGCUCCCCCGCACCCCCUCGCUGUCCGACUUCGUACGCAUCUACAGGCAGCAGUGCUCCCAGUCUCCUGCCACACAGACGAGAUACAUCGUGAUGGAAAAAGCCGAGCUGCUGAGAGACGCCGACGCCAAUCUCCUCCCCGCCCUCCUGCGUCUUCAGGAGCUGGUUGAGGACAACGUUACCGUCAUCUUGCUCAGUGAAAUCUCCUGGGACAAGUUCAGACCCAACACGGGUUGUUUUGAGCCGCUUCUGCUCCAUUUCCCCGACUACAGUAAAGGCGAGCUGCAGCAGAUCUUAUCACAGGACAGACAUCCUUCAUAUUCAGCCGAGUUUUACUCGUCCUACGUCAACAUCCUGCUGGGAGUCUUUUUCUCGGUGUGUCGGGACCUCAGAGAGCUUCGCCAUCUGGCUGCCCUCAACUUUUCGAAGUACUGCGAGCCAUUGGCAGAAGGGAAAGUGAAAGAGACGGACACACACAAGCUGUGGAGAAACAUCGAGCCUCAUUUGAAAAAAGCCAUGCAGACGGUGUAUAUACGAGAAGUGUCCAGUCUUCAGUGGGAGCAGAUGCAGCAAAUGGAAGAGAAGGAAGCUGGAGCCUUGAGAGGUUUAUCUGCCCACACUCACGUUGAGCUGCCAUAUUACUCAAAGUUCCUGCUGAUCGCUGCCUACCUGGCAUCCUAUAACCCUGCCCGAGCAGACAAGCGCUUCUUCCUCAAGCACGCCGGCAAAAUCAAAAAAACGAACUUCCUGAAGAAAAAUGAAAAGACUAGCAACCAUCUACUUGGACCCAAGCCGUUCCCUCUGGACCGCCUGCUCGCCAUCUUCUACAGCGUGGUGGACAGCCGAGUCGCCCCCACCGCCAGUAUCUUCUCCCAGAUCUCCUCUCUGGUGACCCUACAGCUGCUGUCUCAGGUCAGUCACGACGACCAGCUCGACGCCCCCAAGUACAAAUGUGCCGUUUCUUUGGACUUCAUCCGUGCCAUAUCCAGGACAGUGAACUUUGAAAUUGUCAAGUAUCUGUAUGACUUCCUGUGAGCCUGCGGUGAGCAGACGAGAGGCGACACGCUGUGACAGUUAGAUGAGACUGAUUUCUCUACAUGAGAACACGCUUAAGGACACACAGGACAAUUCAUCCAAUCAUGUUGCUGCCCCCUGGUGGUUGUUACACAAACUUUUUCCUGUAGAGUUUCUGUGCC